GUGUCACUGAAAACGCAGAACGCUUUCAGAGUUCAGACUACAGUCUAUAAAAGUAUAAACCUUUACCGAGUUGAGUUUUUUUGUACAGUUCAUUAGUAAAAGACAAACAGUUUAAUAUUAAAGAGAGCAUGCCGUCGUAGUGUCAUGACUAUUGAAUAUACGUACCAUUAUUUGACGAACCACUACGAUGACUAACAGACUACUGAUGAAGGUGUUAUAUAAAAUGGUGAGAUUUUAGUACUUAGUGAAACUACUCAGAAAAAACUUAUUUUUACCCCAACUUGUGGUUCAAUUUAAAGGUACCAUAAGGAGUUGUUCUGACUACUGAUGGCUGACAGUAACUGUCUCUCAAAGAAAGAAGAUUAGUAAUUCGACAUUGAAUCAAAGCCCGAAUAAAAGAAUAUUUGUUACUAUAUAAAACGCUGGUCUGAGAUAAACUAGUGGCACUUACUACUUAAGUAGUUGAUAGUAAUUAGUAAUGAAAAAUUAAGAAUGUGUUCAGAAAGCUCAAAAAUGGUCGCUAACAAAGAAACGUUUGAUGAAAAUAGUUUGGCAGAGUCCAAUCACAAGGAACAAUACAAAGAAAUGAAAAGAAAACUUAGACUUUUAGUCUAUGAAAAUGAAAUCUUUCAACAGACCCUAAAAACCACCCAACGAAAACUCCUAAAAGCGUCACGAGAUAAAAAUAUUCUAUUAGAUAGGCUGAUACAGUAUGAAAGGAUAGACCUAAGCAGUAGUGAUGAUGAACUAACUGAGUCAUCGGACGAAGGCGAUUCUAUCAAACCGGAACCUAAGAAGCGAAAAGAAGCACCAGCCAACACAUCUUCAAGUGGAAUUAGUAAACAGUCUAUCAGUCCUCAAAGGACUACUCCAACUCCAGCCAAAAAACGAAAACCUUCUACUCCAAAAGUUUCAAAAUUGGCACCAAUGCCACUUCAAUCAAAUGAAUCUCAUUCUAACAGUGUAUUGUCAACAACUGAAAGUAACAAAACAAUGGCUGAAUCAAAAUCAGGGAAUAAUUUCAGUCAACAUAGCUUAUCAACAGACAUGUUUAAUGAUACUUUUUCGGGAAAAAGUGAAUCAAACAGCAUGUAUGACAUGGAAACAUCACCUAACAACAUUGUUGAGGACAUGAUCAGUGUCGACAGUAUAGGAAAAUAAUUUACCCGACAAUUUCAUUUUUUUGUGAACUUAUAUUUUAUUGUUAAAUAUUGUACAUUACAUCUGUAACAACAUGUAGGUUGUAUAAAAUAAAUGUAAAGCAUUUGAAAAA